GGACCAGGAUGUUAUCUGUAGGGAGAAGGAUGUUAUCGAGUUACAAUGGGAUAACUGGGUUAAGUGGGUUACCAAGACUUCUUUAUUACGAAUGUCUAUGUAAAUAUGCCACUGUAAGACCCUUCGGAGGGGAUUGUCCUUUGUAAUUUUUCAAUAAAUUUUGUGAGUUAUGUAAAUUUUAUUGCAACGUGGGGUCUGGGAUUUCUGCUUAAAUUGGGCCCCCCAAAGCGAGAAGGUAUUUUAUUUUUUAAUUUUAACUAUAUUAAAAUUUGGAAAAAAUUUCGUCUAGCCUAAAUCAGCGGAUAUGCAUCAUUUUCGUUUUCAUGAUCUUGAAAUAACCGAAAUUAACCAAAACAAAAAUUUUAUUGCUUGAAAAAUAAAAUUCUUCCAAUAAAAUAUUAGAUGUAAAGGUGAGCAACCAACAAUACAUUUGGAGACCACUGCAACAUGAAUUUUAUACGCGAUUUCAAACGACAAAUUUCGAAAAAACGAUUGUCUAGGACAUUUUCGAUUACUGGUAUUUCGACCAGCAAUUUUAAAUAAAUUACGUUUUAAGGUUACGUAAGGCAGAAAAGAAAAUACCCGACGGAUGAUGGAUUCCACUGCUGUUAACCUAUACAGGUUUGCUACCUGCGUUGUAGCAAAUUACAAAUACGUAAAGAAAAAAAAACGGGUUAUUUUAUCGAUUUAUUUCAUUACUUCCGGUUUCCGGCAUCGAAUGACGGACAGCACUUUUCGAAAAUUCGGAGGACAAACGCGUUUGUUGCACGGUUCGCUUUUCGGCCAAUGAAUGAGUUUUGCGCAUUAAAACUCGUACCCCGAACAAUCGAUAUUUAAUGGACGAUAAUUCCGAAGAGCAAACGUCUUAACGGUAACCGAGAGCCAGUUUCGCGCUCGAAAUCGCAAAAAAUCCACUCGGAGCAGUCGAGUUUUAUUGGCGGCCACCGAAAUCACACCUCCUCCAACGUUCAUGAAAAAAAUGAUUAGUAUUAAAAACACUAUUAAGUCAUUUCUGCACGGUUUCCUGGAACCAGAAGGGGGAUUCCUUAUACGACCUUGACAUACGGUCUAGAGUCGCGCCGGCGGCAGCUAACCUCAAAGCGAAUGUUAUUUUUUUGUGUAUCAUAUGACGCCGUCAUCCGGCCAAUCAGAUGAGCGCGUUCCCUGCUUUCGCCAGAGUAAACCCCGUUUUUAACCCGUGAUGUGAAAAUUGUUAAAAGGUACGUAGAAUUUUAUCGUUUUACGUUCAAACCCGCGUAGGCUGGAUUCCGAUGUUAUUCGUACUUAGAAAAACCCCGGAAAGGGCUCGUUUUUUUCCGGAUCGGCGGGCCGUGCGCCUGAUACGUUUUAUAAGCGAGUCAUUUUUACCUAUCGCUACCUUGUAACCUUACUUACUUAUUGAUUUUUUUAAUUAGUCAACGAAUUACCUGUCAAUCACGCGUUAACCGUCUAUUGGAGCAUCGUUUUGUUUAACGGGCGUCGCAUUCGGCGUCUCGAGCCACUUUUCGGAUUUUUAUCUCGCAUUUGCGAGCACCCGCCCCCCCCACCGCCGCUUUCCUUUAUCGUCUCCUCCCAGCUGCUUGAUUUAUUUUCUUAAUUUUUCGCGGAGUCGGCCAUGGCGGGAGAGCUAUUGUCGUCCACGCCAAACUGCGGAAUUCUCUGGACACAAAACGCGUCCGAGCGUUGUUUUGAUGAUAUUUAGCGUCCAGUAUGAAAACCUUGAACAUUGACGGAUCGGUCCAUUUUUAGCUCGCCGAGUGAGGAGGGGUGGUGGGGGGGAAAUGCUUUGAUCGGUGAUCGCGCUAAGAACAAGGGACAAGAAAAAAGGAGCAUCGUAAUAUGUAAAAGAUGGCGGGCGCGACGGAAUUUCGUUGCAAAUUUGCAAAUUUCGUUUAUAAACAAAGGUAGAUCGCGAGCCGUUCCGCGUUACGGUGUCGCGUGGGUCGUGCGUCGUACUCAACGUCGUCUCUCGUUUGUUUCAGGUGUUGAAAGGUGCCCGCCGCCUCGAUUCCGGUGUGAAGAGUUUCGAAUUCUCUAAAGGGUUCUCGAAGGGAAAUGUUCCGUUCGCCCGUGGUGAAAUAAUGCCGUCGCUGGAUCCGCAGAUUUUCCAUGCGAACAACGAAAAAAUGGCUUUGUUCGAGUUCGGUUAGUGCGGGCGCGUUGUUUUUCUCGUAAACGAACAUGAAGACGUCAAGCACGAGAUAGUAUAUAUAUCGCAUUCCAGAUGUAAAUAUUCGUUGCGCAAAAAAAACAUGUACUUAAACCAGGUGAUAUAAGGUAACGUCGGGACAAAAUUCAAGUGCCGUGAAAGAUGUCUCAGAACCCGCAAAAGGCGCUACAGAAAAUGUGUAAAUCUCCGAAAAAUCCGAGCUUUCAAAUCAAACAAGAGAAAAUCGACUACGAAAACCUGAGCACCAACUGCACGGUGGUCGGUUCCAACAACCUCAACCUCGUAAAGAAGCCACAGAUCGUGACGGGCAUGUCGCCGGCUUACUCCAACCCGAGCCCUAACUACCCGCCCUCUCCGUAUUCGUCGCCUGCGAGUUUGAAAUCGCCGUCGCCCAGUCUCAAGCCGCCCACCCCUCAGCCCAACUUCCCGGUGAUGCAGAUCAUACACAAUAACCUCAUUGGGCGGCAGAUUCAGACGUCGCAACCUCAGAACAUCAUCAAGCUCAAGCCCCACCUAAAUAUAUUGCCGAAACCUUCGGCUAGUCCUCAGCAAUCUCCAAAACCUAGUGUAAGCCCGCAAAUUGUGAUCCCGGCGAAUCAGCCGGCGGCGGCCACGCUAAUGCCCGCCGCACAACCAUUGCUGCUCAACCAGAUGCCGAUGCUCACCGCUCCCGGGGUCCAGUUCAUCCUGAGGCCCCAAACCGCCACCCAGAUGACCGCCCCCAAAAUUCAGGCGACGGCGGGAGCGACGGCGCAGAUGCCGACGGCGACCGCGCAGGGUCUCAUCUUGCAGCCGGCGGGGGCGGGGCAGCAACUGCUACAGUUGCAGCCGCCGAGGUCACAGCCCAUGGUCAGGGUGUUGACCAACGGGGUGCAUCUGGCGCCCUCUACCACUUACGUAACCACGCAGAUGGCAAAUCAGCAGCCGAUCAACGCGUCGCAGAUCCACCAGACGAUAGUCAAUAACGCCCAGCAACAUCAGCACCACCACCAGCAGCAGCAACAGCAACAAAUACACCUUCAGCAGCAGAUCCAGCAGGUGUCGGUGAAGAAGAAACCCAAAGCCAAGGUGAAGAAAAAGCUGGACCUUGCCAACAUCAUGAAGCUGUCCGGAAUCGGCGACGAGGACGACAUCCAGUUCGAAAGCGAUACGUCGCAGAGCGAGAGCGAGCACAACUCCGUGUCGACCACCCCUCAACCUCAGCCUCAGCCCGGUCUGGUGCAGACGAGCAACAUCCAAGCCCAGACCAAUUUCGUGCACACGGACUCGAAGAAAAACAUCCAGAACAUCCAGAUAUCGGCGAUGGCGCAGCCGACGCUCAGUGCCGCGACGCCCGUUGUCCAAGUCCUCAACCAGAAUUUUCAGAGCGGGAUGAUUUCGAACAGCACGUCGCAAGCGGCUGCCGCACAAGGUAUCCCCUUCAACUCGUUCAUCGCCCCCAAUUUCACGAUAAACAACGGGCUGAUGCUGCAGAGGGCGACCGGCGGCUUCAAGCUGACCGUCGGCGAGGACGGGAGGCUCGUUUUGCAGCACGAUCCCACGCUUAACACUCAGGAUUUGCAGAAUCAGUUGAUACUCCAGAGCUUGCUUGGUCUGAACGGCGGGCUCGUGCUGCAGCCGUCGAUGGACCAACAGACCGUGCAGCAAACCGUGCAGACGAUCCAGCAGCAGUCGGUGCAGACGAUACAGCAACAGACUGUGCAAUCACAGACGAUCCAAACCGUUCAGCAGCAGACAGUGCAGCCUCAGGUGCAGCACACCAUUCAGUCUUUACAGCCGCAAAUUCAACAGCAAACCGUACAGCAAACCAUACAACACCAAACUGUUAAUGCUCUACAGCAGCCGAUGCAGAUCGUGCAGCCGCAACCGAUCCACAGCAUCCAUUCGCAGGUGCAGCCGAUGCACAGCAUAUCGCAGAGCCAGGUGCACAGCCUGCAGUCGCAGAUACAGAGCCUGUUGCAGCAGCAGCAACAGCAGGCUGCGCAGCAGGCGGCGCACCAGCCUCAGAAUGUUCACUCGCAGGCGAUCCAGAGCGUGCAAAACGUCACCCAAAACAUGGCCCAGAGUUCCGUUCAGAACGUGAUGGCUCAGACGAUGGCUCAGAGUCCUGUGCAGGUGGCUCAGAACAUGACACAGAAUUCGGUGAUGGCUCAGCAGAACAUGGCGCAAUCGCCGGUGCACAACGUGCAGGGGUUCCAGCAGGCCCACACGCAGACGACGCAGCCGGUGCUGAAGGUGCAGCCAUUCCAGAAGAGCCAGCCGCCCGUGCAGACCGUGCAGCCGAUCCAGCAUCACGCGCAGCAACAGAACGUGGGCGGCGACGGCCAGCCGAAUCAGCAAAGCAACGCCGCCCCGCCCACCUCCUAUGUCGUGAAUCUGACGCCCGACCAAUUGGAACAGCUGAAACGUAAUGGGCAGCUGACUGUCAACGGGCAGACAAUAUUCAUGCAAAGGCCCAACAAGGACCAGGGCGAGAAGAAGCUUUCGCCCAAGGCGAAGCCGAUCAAGAAAGUGCAGAAGAUCCAGGGCGUGAAGACAUUGCUCCAGGACGGCGGCGACGGCGUCGUCACCACGGACCAGACCAAGUGCGCGCAGAAUAACAAGCAGUCGAUCGUGUCGGCGAUGGCCAGUCCGCCGCCUCCCCCGAAGCAUAUUUUGCCGCACAACCACGUGCAGCCGAUACAGAGCAAGCCCGCGCAGCCCCAGGCGAUGGUGCAACCGUCGGUGCAGCACCAGGUGAAGCAGGAGCGCCAGAAGAGUCCGAUUUCGCCCGCGAAGCAGCAAAAGGUCAGUCCUACGGUACACGGGCAUGAUUCCAACGGAUCCAACACGAACCACGACGUGGACAAGUUACUCGGGCAGAUAUUGGAGGAGAGCAACACGGUAACCCCGGCGAGCGGGUUAGAGAGGCCCCAACCCCAGCAGCGGAUAACUACUAUCCAGCUGACGCCGCAGAAGCAGCAGCACCUGAAAACCAUCCAGAUGCAAAUCCAGAGUUUGUCGGCGCGACUCCAGCCGGGCGACACGGAAAUGCAGAAUACUCUGAAGGUGCUCUUCGCUGAGCAGCAAAAGAUACUGGCCUCCGGGAAACUGCUGCCUCCAGACAAGGUGUACUACCACAACAAUCAGUUGACGAUAGUGAAUCCGUCCAGUUUGAACCUGCCGUCACCCGGGCACGUCAAGAGCGAACCGCCCAGUCCGGUUUUGAGCAGCAGCCAGAGCAUCGUGAGGAGUACCAGCGUGGAAACGGUUCCCACCAGCACACAACAACCAAUUUCUACUCAAUCGCACACGACGCCCCGGGUGUCCGUGUCCGUGGCCACGUGUACAGGCGACCUGCCCGUUCAAACUACCGUACACCAUCACCCGGUACACCACCAGGUUCAUCAUCACCACGCAAACAAUCAUCAAGCUCCGCCCCACACCCACCCCAACCACCUGGCCCAACGGUUGAGCGUAGCGUCGCAGUUGCCGAAUAUCUACGCGAAACCUCAGGCGCAGUCACCGCAAACGCCUCAGGCGCAGUUGCAGUCGCCGCAACCUCCGCCCCAGCCGAGUCAGCAGCACCACCACCAACAGCAGCAGCAGCAGCACCAGCAAUUACACCAGCAUCACCUUCACCGGCAGCAACAACAGCAGCAACACCAGCAGCAGUUUCUUUCGCUCACCAAGAAGGCCCACCUGAUCGAGACACAGCUGAACUUGGACCAGAAUGGGGCUGCGAAGCCGGACGUCCACACCCCGUUCCGAGACAAGAAGGACGCGUGCAUACGCCUCAUUAGGUACCACUGCAUGGACCAGGCGGUUUUGUCCCAGAAGGAUCUGGCCAAAGCGGACGAGAUAUUCGAGGUAACCGCCAAGCACCUCAUCGGCAAAUUCGGCAAGAUGGUGGACAAGUACAAGUACCUGUUGCUGAAGGAGAGUAUGAGACAAGUCCAGACCUCCGAGCUGAUGAUGCUUGAUCGGAUGUUCCUCGCCGACGAGCAGCAGUCCCUGAUCAAGCUUCGGCAGGACUACGAGAACGACCUCGUCAGCCUGCAGGUCGCCGAUCACCAAUCCCUACAGGCGCAACAUUCGGGCGACCCCAACCAGUCGACGGAAGAAUACGACGAGUGGGCGUGUAUCCAACGCGAGCUCGGGUGUUUGCCCGACCGGGACGACCCGAAACAGCCGUCGGCGCCGUCGACAGCUCAGCACCACGUUCCGCAGUCGAACCUGAAACGGACGUCCAGCAGUGACUCGCGGUUGGAGACCCUGAAACGGUUUCGGGUCGACAAACACGUGAAGAAAUCGGACUGCGGUGUAAAUAGUGUACAAUACGGUGGAAGCGGAGCGGGUUCGGGCGGCGGGGGCGGCAGUAUCGCCGCCAGGUGCGGUUACGACAGUUCCCAGACGAACAGCGCGAAUAGUUCGUACGGGUCGUCGAGGGAAGAGGAGACGGAGACGAAUAGCAUUGACGAGCAGGUUCAGAGUGCCAUCAACAGCAUCCUCAACCUGCAGCAGAACACGAACAUGCAGCAGAACGCCGCCCUCGACUUGGACAGUAUACUGUCAUGACGGUAUGUUUAGGGAGGGAGUCUGGUGCCGGGUUCCAAGGGAGUAGGGUAAAGAUGUGCCGGGUGGUGUAACGGGUAUUCCCGAGUUUGAGGUUCGCGCGGGCCUUUCGAGUGUCGUUUCCGCCAUUUUUUUCUAAUUGAGAGGACAAUUCGAAUCGACUUCCUCCACAGAGGGUUGCUUCUUCGCGACCCCUGUCGGAUGGGAGGAUUUUUAUAAGAUUUCUGUUUCGGUUGGUUUUAUUCUACGAUCGGUUUUGGUUACCUUUUUUUCUGAAACAUUGUUCCAGAUACCGCGUCAAAGAAUCAAUUAAUUUCAUUCCCUAACUGAAUCGAUGUUUCACCAAAAAGUUAACCACUUAAACUUAAAUUCUACAGUUGACGAUUAACGUUUCUGUUGUGGUUAGUUUUUUUGUUCAAAUAUUUAUUCAGGUAGCGAAUGAAAGAAUUACUGGUAUUCAUUCCUUAC